CGCACAGGGGCCCGGGGCAGGGGUUGUCGCCCUGUGCGAGGUGGCGGCUCCCAUCUGAGCGGGGCCCCCGGCUCGGGCAGCCCUCCUGGGAGCGAGCCGUGUGGGUUCUGGGGGCCGCUGGGUGGGUGGGUGCGGCCUCUGUGGCCUGGCCCUCUGGCCGCCCCGUCUAGAGCCUUUAUCCCCCAAUAUAAUUUGGCCCCAGGAAGAGUUAAAACCCAGCAGCUCUCCUGGGACUGAAUCCCUGGUAGCUGGUAGCCCUGUGCCUUUCCCCUUCCCCAGAGGAGGGGUGCCUCAGGUCACAGAGCCCAGCCGGGGAAGCCGGGGGCGGCGGGUGACCUUCUCUUCCCGUUCUUGAGCACCGUCUCCCACCUGUUCCCGAGUAGAAGGCUCAGGAAAUUUGGAGGACAAGGUGGUGCUGGUGGUGAUGGUAGCAGAAGGAAUAAAGUGAUGUAAACUCGUGGAGUGUUUAGAUAAAGGACUCCGUGAGGGACACCAGAUCUCCUCCCUGCUGACGGCGACCCCAGCAGGUCCUGGCUGGCAUCAACUCCGGUUAGAGGGGAAGCCGAGGAUGAGGUGUGGGGAGGAGUCAUCCAUGGUCCCUUGGCGUGGCAGGGACCAGGACUGAGGCCUGGACCCGGUCUCCAGUCCCCAUUCAUAGUCCCAGCAGCAGCUGACUGCCACCUUCACGUUUGCAGGGUUCUUUUUCAUUUUUUUCUAAUUAGUAGACUUCUAAAUUAUCAUUAAUAGAGAUUUUUUUUGUUUUUGAACAGUUUUAGGUUUACAGGAAAAUGAGUGGAAAGUACAGGUUUCCCCAAAUCCCUCUCCAGGGUCCCCGAUGAUGACCACCUUGCAGUAAUGGGUGUGCUGCCUUGUCACGAUUGAAGAGCCAAUAUUUUUUUUUUUUUUUUUUUUGCUGUACGCGGGCCUCUCACUGUUGUGGCCUCUCCCGUUGCAGAGCACAGGCUCUGGACGUGCAGGCUCAGCGGCCAUGGUUCACAGGCCCAGCCACUCCACGACAUGUGGGAUCUUCCCAGACUGGGGCACGAACCCGUGUCCCCUGCAUUGGCAGGUGGACUCUCAACCACUGCACCACCAGGGAAGCCCAAAGAGCCAAUAUUAAUACAUUCUUCUUAGCUGAAGUCUGUAGUUGACAUAGGGGUUCUCCGUUGGUGUCCUGCAGUCUCUGGGUUUGGGCAAAUGUACACUGACACGCGUCCACCAUCACAGUAUCACACAGAGUAGUUUCACUGCCCUGAAAAUCCCCUGUGCUCCUCUGACUCAUGCUUUCUCCCAACCCCUGGAAACCAAGGAUCCUUUUUUUUUUUUCCCAAGGAUCCUUUUACUGUCCCCACAUAGCUCUGCCUUUUCCAGAAUGUCCUGGAGUUAGAAUCACUGUGUGUCGCCUUCUCAGACUGUCUUCUGUCACUUGGUGAUGUGUUUCUGGUUCCUCUGUGGAAGAGAACAGAGAGCCCAGAGACAGACCCGCACAGUAUAGUCACUUGGUCUUUGAUGAGCAGCAAAGGCAAUCUGUAUACUUUUAAAACAGCCAGGUAAACUGGAUAUCCCAUCAAUUUAUUACUUUUUUUUUUUCCCUUUUGGCUACACCUCCCGGCUUGCGGGAUCUUGGUUCCCCGACCGAGGAUUGAACCCAUGCCCUCGGCAGUGAAAGCGCGGAGUCCUAACCACUGGACCACUAGGGAAUUCCUAAUUUAUUACAUUUUUUAAUUAAAAAGGGACUUGAGCUUCUUGGAGAAGAUUAGGAGAAUUCUGGAAUUCCCCCGGCCCCUCUCAGGCCCUGAACCUCCCAGACACCUUUAACCUGCGUGUUGCUCCUUGUCUGGGCCGAGAGGUCACGUUUCUUUCUGCUUAUCAGAGUCAUAGAUACUCCCUGGCGAGAAAGCAGAUAAUGCAUUUAAUUUCAAGAGAAAAAUGAAAGUCUCCAUGAGCCUCUGCCCAGACAGAAUCUCCGAGGCCAACCUGGUGCAUUUCUUUUCCACCUUUUUAAAUUUAAACUCAAGGUGGACGCCGUCAGACAACACAAGGCUUUCCUGACCUCGAGCUUGGUCAUCGAUGGCACCUGUGUCGUGAUGCCGUCCCAGCCCCUCGGCCGUGUUCCAGGCUCCUGCGACAGCUUAGGGUAGCAGCUGUGUCCGCCGUCGGGCACCCGGGCUGGUGGCUUUUGCUUUGGCCCCUGCUCUGGGAGGAAAGCUUCCCGGGCUGUGGGCACUCACAUCCACAGGUGCUUUGCCCAACAGCCUUGCUUCCUGCUCUUCGGCUCGCAGCCCUCACAGACAGGUGUGGGUGGCACGUGACAGCGAGCAAGGUGAACCUCCUGACAGGUUACAGCAGUGCUUUUCUUUUCCUACCAAAUAUAUUGCGAAAACCCUGUGAUGAUGGAAACGCAGGUGGUCAAGUGGAGGACUGACAGGCCGGGUGCUCCCGCCUAAUCCUCCCGGAAUUAGGGCUCCAGGGGAGGAAUCUGCUUUCGCGCCUGGAAGCUGUUAAGAAGCAGGCACGUAAGCCAGUGAGGGCUGCUGGCACCCCUGCUUUCUGGACCAUUCUGUGUCGUUCUGCAGAGCCCUAGCAUGGGGUGAAGACAUCUAGAAAUCUGUCACGUUUCCUGAUCCCUCUGCUGCUGUCGCCCUCGCCUUGUGGCUGACCUUGACCUGCCUGCGCGCCUCACCUCACUCCUCUGCACUCUGCUCUGCCCGACGCCCCGAUCCUGCCAAAGACGAGGCCCAGCCCCUGGCUUCGCGGCUCCGGCUCAAGGGCCACGCCCAGCAGCUCCUGCCCCGCACACACCCGUCCCUUCCUGCUUCAUCCAGCCUCGGACCGCGCCGGUCUCGGCUGAGGGCAGCACGUUGCACUGCUGUCUGCACCUAUGAGAAAGUUCUCCACGAAGACAGGGGUAUUGGCAGAUGUAUCUCUAGUGUGAGGACGGUCUUUUCAUGAAGCUGGUCCUCAGGAAUGGUGUGUCAGAUGGUUCUAGUUUCCCCAAACCCUCCAGGGAUGUGGGGUUUGCAGCCCCACGCCGUGAGUGGAAGAACCGGGACUGUGUGGCUUAAGCUCAGGAAUGUGGGCUGCAAGCCCCCAGACCCUCAUAGAGGCCAUCGUGCAACACCCGCACAGAGCUCCUGUGAGGACGGGGUCAGCCUGGAGGCCGAAGUCACCGGACUUUAUGCCCCGUCCCCUCGAACUGGUGUGGUGUUGCCAGUGGUUGUCACCCAGGGUGGUCCGGCCCCCAGGGGACACCGGGCAUGGUCCUGGGGACGUCUGUGGUUGUCAGGACCAGGGAAGGGGGUGGGCUGCCAGGGCUGCUGCUCCACCUCUUGCAGUGCCCACUGGGAGAGACCCUGGCUGUCCCCCCUGCUGCCGGGCAGUUUCAGUUCCUUGGUGGGGAAGUGGGCAAGCUGUCAACCCCAAGGAGAUUUAGAGCAGCAUUCAGAAAUGUUCCCCCUUUUUUAAGAGUUGUGUGUUAGAAAAAUCUAUUUGGCAUCUUAAAUAUUUCAUGUUGGAGAUAAUUGUCUGUUAGAAGCUGGGCAAGCCCGCCUAAAAUAGCUUACGUUUACAAAUGAGAUCGACUUUUCAAAGACCGAGGUUUUUUUUUUUUUUUUUUUUGCGGUACACGGGCCUCUCACUGUUGUGGCCUCUCCCGUUGUGGAGCACAGGCUCCGGACGCGCAGGCUCAGCGGCCAUGGCUCACGGGCCCAGCCACUCUGCGGCAUGUGGGAUCUUCCCGGACCGGGGCACGAACCUGUGUCCCCUGCAUCGGCAGGCGGACUCUCAACCACUGCGCCACCAGGGAAGCCCCAGGCCGAGGUUUUAAUUUGUUACUUUAAUAAAUUAUACACAGGGAAUUCCCUGGUCGUCCAGUGGUUAGGACUUGGCACUUUCACUGUCAAGGGUGCGGGUUCGAUCCCUGGUCAGGGAACUAAGAUCCUGCAAGUCGCACGGCGUGGCCAAAAAAAAAAAAAAGUAAAUAAAUAAUACAUUAAAAAAAAAAUCAGAGUUCUCCUCUAAAUGACCCUUCCUGUGCCCAAAAGUCUUGGAAAAGGACAUGAAAACCCACGUCUUGAGGGUUAUUUUGAGCGGCUGGCGGGGUCCCCCUGAUACAGAGUGGGUUUGAAGAUGGGGCACCUUUGGUGCCAAGAGCGCAAAGAAGAGGGAGGGCGAGCUGAUGGUGGCCCAGGGCCGCGUCAAGGACCUGGAGUCCGUGUUCCACCAGAGUGAGGCAGAGCUGGCCGCUGCUCUCAGCGACAAGCGCGCCCUGGAGAACGACGUGGUGGAGCUGAGGGCCCAGCUGGCCAAGGCGGAGGAUGGGCACACAGUGGCCAAAAAACAGCUGGAGAAGGAGACGCUGAUGCGCGUGGACCUGGAGAACCGCUGCCAGAGCCUGCAGGAGGAACUGGCCUUCCGCAAGGACGUCUUUGAGGAGGAGGUGCGGGAGACGCGACGGCGACACGAGCGGCGCCUGGUGGAGGUGGACAGCAGCCGGCAGCAGGAGUAUGACUUCAAGAUGGCCCAGGCACUGGAGGAGCUGCGGGCGCAGCACGAUGAGCAAGUGCGGCUGUACCGCCUGGAGCUGGAGCAGACCUACCAGGCCAAGCUGGACAACGCCAAGCUGAGCUCCGACCAGAACGACAAGGCCGCCAGCGCCGCUCGGGAGGAGCUUAAGGAGGCCCGCAUGCGGGUUGAGUCCCUCAGCUACCAGCUCUCCGGCCUCCAGAAGCAGGCGAAUGCGGCCGAGGACCGGAUCCGGGAGCUGGAGGAGACCGUGGCCGGGGAGCGGGACAAGUUCCGUAAGAUGCUGGACGCCAAGGAGCGGGAGAUGACGGAGAUGCGGGACGUGAUGCAGCAGCAGCUGAACGAGUACCAGGAGCUGCUGGACGUCAAGCUGGCCCUGGACAUGGAGAUCAGCGCCUACCGCAAGCUCCUGGAGGGCGAGGAGGAGAGGCUGAAGCUGUCCCCCAGCCCGUCAUCGCGCAUCACCAUCUCGCGGGCCACAUCGAGCAGCAGCGGCAGCAGCGUGUCCGUGUCCGGGCGCCUGGGCCGCAGCAAGCGGAAGCGGCUGGAGGUGGAGGAGCCACUGGGCAUGGGCUCCAGCGGCACCGGCUCCAGCAGCAGCAGCUUCCGCCUGGCCCAGCAGGCCUCGGCCUCGGGCAGCAUCAGCAUCGAGGAGAUCGACCUGGAGGGCAAGUUCGUGCAGCUGAAGAACAGCUCGGACAAGGUGAGGCCCCCACCCAGCCCGUGGGGAGCCCGCUGGGUCUUCUCGGAGACGUGGGCCAACGCCCGUCCCCUUUGCCAGGAUCAGUCUCUGGGCAACUGGAGGAUCAAGAGGCAGAUCCUAGAAGGGGAGGAGAUCGCCUACAAGUUCACGCCGAAGUAUGUGCUGCGGGCCGGCCAGACGGUCACGGUAUGGGCAGCCGGUGCAGGGGUGGCUCACAGCCCCCCGUCAACGCUCGUGUGGAAGAGCCAGAACAGCUGGGGCACGGGCGAGAGCUUCCGGACCAUCCUGGUCAAUGCUGACGGGGAGGAAGUGGCCAUGAGAACCGUGAAGCAGUCCUCGGUGGCGCGGGAGGCCGAGGACGGGGAGGAGGGUGAGGACGAGGCGGCCGAGUUUGGAGAGGAGGAUCUUUUCCAUCAGCAGGGGGAUCCGAGGACCACCUCUCGAGGCUGCCGCGUCAUGUGAACCGAACAUGCCUCGUCACACGUCUUUCUUUAUCCAGGGCCACUGAAAACUAUUUUUAUAUCGUUGGCUUCUUUAGUCCUUGGUACAUUUCUAGAGAGUUUUUAAGCGAACUGCCAGAGCGUGGGGGUGGGUCUCUGCUGAACUUUCCUGUCGCUGGGUUUCCCUGGGCCCUUCAUCACCACUGUCCAGAGUGUUAAGUGCCCCGUUCUCACCUUUCAGUUGAGUUUGGGGCCCAGGAGCCGAGUGGCUAGCGGGCUUUGGGCUGGGAGUCCAGGGGGCCCGUCCACCGCUUCGGUCUCAGCUGCAGCCUGGGGUCAGGGCGGGAGAGGAGGCCUGAGGUGGACAGAGCAGAACUGCACGUAGGAAUCCAAUAGUUGUUUGUUUUAUUAAGCUUUUAAAAAAACCAGAUUCAGAAUCCAGGUUCUGACCUGGUGGGGGGAAGGGGCACCCUGUGGAAGUUUGGUGGCUCAGCCAGCCGAGCGCCAGAACAAGGGAAUCGCAGGCUUCUGCCGUCAGGCCUGGGCUUGGGGUUUGUCACAGUUUCUGCUCUGCUCUCAGGAAUGGGGUGCGUGGGGUCGGCCUCCUGGCUCCCUCUCUGGCUGCUGGAGCCUCACGCUUCUGGGGCUCUCUGCAGCUGAGUUCCUCACCUUACGGGGAUCCGUUAUAAGACUUGUCCUCAGGUAAGCCUUGAGGGGACAGGUGUGACGAAUUCGGAAACAAAUGCCUUGGGCUCCAGCACGAUGUCCACCUGUAACCACCGCUUCCCACCCUCCCGUCGGAGGAGGGUGACUUCAGGGCGAGACGCUGGACUCCCCGUUCUCCGACUCUGGGCCUUGUGCACAGGGCACGCUGACUCACGUGUAUUCUUGGGCAUGUACUAAUAUCGCGGCUUCCUCUGUAACUUCUUGCUGAAAUGGUGUUUCUGAGACAGACCUGCCCGGGCCAGUUGACCCCUACGGGAUGGCUCCAUGUCACGGUCCAGCUUCUGGCCGCCUGGCCGCCCCCUCCCUGCAUCAGCUUACCUUCGACGCCUCUGCCACGUAGAUACACAGAAGUUAUUUUUUUAACGGAUAUUUAUUUUUUUACAUCGGUCAGUACACACAUUGCCUGGAUCCCACCUCAGGGGCUCAUGUAUGCCAGGGUCACCAGGACAGUCCCCCGAGGGGGUGGCAUUGGGGCGCCUGUCUCUGUGGGCUCUGAGGCCCCAGACGGCAAACUUCUUUCAGUAAGCGCAGCUCAAGUCUUAAAAGACGCAAUACUGAGCCAUGGAGGUGGCCUGCCCCCACCCCAGGCCGGGAGCAGCCCGCCUGCCUCCUUUCCCUGGGAAUCGAUCAUGGCGACGAGGGCCCGAGGCCUGAGCCCCAGGCCGGGAAGGUGCCAGUGGCCCACAAAACUAAGCUGCUUCUGAGUCUAGAAUCCCCUGCAGACUCUGGCUUUAAGUCCGAGCACCUUUCCGUGGCCACCUGAGUCCCUGGACCGCGGGCUGUCUUCCUUCUCCCAGAAGUAGCAGGAGCUGAGGGAGCGUGAGGGUCUGGGGAGCCUGAUGAGAUGCUGGGAGGGCGGGGCUGGGUAGCGCUCAAGCAAGUGGGAACUGCACUGGCUGCACCCUUCAAGGUAUUUUGAGAGUCUCUGGGGAUCAGAGGUCUGUCCUGGAAUUUGGGGUCUGAAUUGCUGAAGCAGUUUUGCAGGCUGGGCUCGAGGACAGGAAGGAAGGGAGAGGGCCCCACCCUCCCUGCAGGCCCAGAGGUCCUGAAAAACAGCCCAAGGGCUGCCCUAGUGCCUGCAGAGCCCCCAGGCUCACUGGUAGGGGUUGUUCCCAGCAGAUGAAUUUUCUUGCCUGCUUGAGAUCUUGGGUGGAGCCUGAAGUGGCCCAGACAGGCGCUGGGAUGCCCUUGGCUGGUGGGGGGAGGGUGCACUGGACUGGUGGCCACUUGUGGCUGGAGGCUGGUGACCGUCAUUGGUAAUCAAGUAUUUGAAAACACGGAGCAGAGUCCAAUGUUACAAUGUCAGCCAGGGCCUGGGAAAUCGAAUUUGCAUUUGUCCUUAAACAUACUUAACAUUAAGCCACUUAAAAUGAUGCAGAAGCGAUUCUUUUUUCUAAGCCCCUGUCAUGUGAUGAGGAGCACCCUUCCGGAGAAAACCCACUCUUCCCAGCCCUGGGGACGGACGGCCUCCGGGGAUGUGGCCGGCAGGAAUCAACCCCUGGGAGACACCAGUGCCUCCCCCCGCUCCCCGCCCGCGGUCUGGGCGCUCAGCUGUUGCCACAGCAGCCAAGCUCAGACUUGGGUUCGUUUUUACCCACACCGUCUACCCAGCAGUUCUAUUUAUAUCAGCAUAUCCGAGCUGGGACUGACAUUCCUCAAGGACAUUAAAGCUACUGGAAAGGUCUUAAUUCUGAGCCCGAAAGGGAUCAUCAGCACUACACGCUAGUGGGCUCGGUUUCAAGAACUCGGCUGUUUGGACACGUUUCAGAGAUCUGUUGGUGGUUUUUACGAUGCAUGCCAAACGUGUGGUCUUUUGUUUUCUCCGAUUUGUAAUACACGUUUUAUGACUGGAAACUUUUUUAUACAACACUCCAAUAAACAUUUUGGUUUUAAA